AAGCGUUAUCACGUUUUAUUAGAAAUGAUCUACUUUUUUCAUUCAUACUAAUGAAGCUAAAAUGACAGAAAGUGUAAAUAAUUCCAGUGAUAUAAGUGGCGUUGACUUUAUGACAGAGACAACAUUAACCCCAUCAAUGGAUUUAAAUCAAGAGGAAUUCACUUCAACGAUGCUGCCGGCGGAACAAAUUUUGAUCACAGAAAGUGUUCGUAACACGACUGACGUUAAGUCAUUUCACAAUGAAGUUCCAGAUACUUUGUCAGUGUUCGAAGCUUUUAUUAUGAUUGAAAUAAUAAUGACAGCUAUAGAAUUAUGUAUAUGGACAGUGGCAGCUCUCAAGAUUCAGCGGUGGAGGAAAAACUACAGGAACCAAAUGUUAAUGCAGUUGAGUGUGGUGCGGUUUUUAAAAAGACUGAUAUUUUUGCUAGUUUAUCUAAGAGAUUGCAGCGUUAUCACAACAUCCGUACCAGUUAACACAAUACUCAUAAGUAGUCAGUUUUAUAUUGAUUUUGUUAUUGUCUUUCUAGUGUUAUUUUUUGUGAAGCACAUGUAUGAUAGUUUAAUAGUAGUGAUAGUAAGAAUAAGCCAAAAUAAUCUCAUAAAGAAACUAGCGGUAGCUUGGCUUUUACCUCUGCCAAUAACUAUGGCAUGUACGUCAAUAAUCUCAUUCAAUGUACUCAAUGAAUGGACGGUAUCUUUACUAAUUUGCUCUUUAAUAAGAUGGCCGCUUAUAUUAAUAAGCACAAUCCUUUAUUUAACUAUACUGUUCAGAGUACUCAAAGAGAAAAUAAGAAAGUUUGCAAGAAGUCUAGCGGUUAUCACAUUCCUACUUUGUCUUGUCAUAAACUUAUAUUUGUUCAGCAAAGAUGUCAUUAACUUGUGGUGUCUGAAUUCAUUUCCAGCUGUAUUAACGAGUUAUUUAUUGGGUUUCUUCCUAAAUUUUCUAAUACUUUGUCUAUAUAUUACUUUGAUAACUUUAAAUUUGAAAUCGAAUGCUACUUAUUCCGAAGAGUUUGCAAAAAAUAAUUUGGAUGGUCAUUAAACUACAUUAAAAAUAAAAAAUUA